GGUUGGUUUGCCGGGCGCACUCACGUGACCGCUGCGGGCUCUGGAGCGACUAGCGGCCCAGAGGCGGUGACGGAGGCGACCGCAGCCCGGGACGUAGCGGCCUGCGAGGGACUGCCCGCCGCCCUUUCGGACCACCGCGGCGGAGGCGGAAAAUGGCGGAGGCCUCAGCGGCCGGGGCGGACGCGGGCUCCGCCGUUGCGGCGCACCGCUUUUUCUGCCACUUUUGUAAGGGCGAGGUCAGCCCCAAACUACCGGAAUAUAUAUGUCCUCGAUGUGAAUCAGGCUUUAUUGAGGAAGUGACAGAUGAUUCAAGUUUUUUAGGUGGUGGUAGCAGCCGGAUAGACAAUAGCACAUCAACACAUUUUGCAGAGCUUUUGGACCAUUUGGAUCACACAAUGUUUUUACAAGAUUUUAGGCCAUUUCUAAGUAGCAAUCCACUGGACCAAGAUAAUAGGGCCAAUGAGAGAGGUCACCAAACUCACACUGACUCUUGGGCACCCAGUCGGCCUCCAAGGUUGCCAGUUCCUCGGAGAUACAGGCCUGGAGGAAGUACUCGUCCUGACAGGUCGCCAGCUAUAGAAGGAAUAAUACAACAGAUCUUUGCAGGAUUCUUUGCAAAUUCUGCAAUUCCUGGAUCCCCAUAUCCUUUUUCUUGGAGCGGGAUGCUGCACUCCAACCCUGGGGACUAUGCCUGGGGUCAGACAGGGCUUGAUGCCAUUGUAACCCAGCUUUUAGGACAACUGGAAAACACAGGUCCUCCUCCAGCUGACAAGGAAAAGAUCACAUCUCUUCCAACAGUGACAGUAACUCAGGAACAAGUUGAUAUGAGUUUAGAAUGUCCAGUGUGCAAAGAAGAUUACACAGUUGAAGAGGAAGUCCGGCAGUUACCCUGCAAUCACUUCUUUCAUAGCAGCUGUAUUGUGCCAUGGUUAGAACUGCAUGACACAUGCCCUGUAUGUAGGAAGAGCUUAAAUGGUGAGGACUCUACUCGGCAAACCCAGAGCUCUGAGGCCUCUGCAAGCAACAGAUUUAGCAAUGACAGUCAACUACAUGACCGAUGGACUUUCUGAAACUAAAGACCACACCUGAGCCAGGGCUGACUUGUGGCAGUCUUCUUACCAUAGCUGUAAAUUGUAUCAAAACUAAACAACAACAACAACAACAACAACAAAAUAGUGAUUUAGAAAUCGUGUAAGAAACCACAACCCAUAAUAAUAAUGCAGUGAGUGUAUUUCUUCUCUAAAUUUGAAGUUAGGACCUACAGGUGGAAUUGUAUCUACAACCAAAUGCCUCUUGUUCCUGAAUUCAGAGUGAUAAUUCUAUGUGUGACACUUAAUUAUGUCAGUUUGCUCCUGCCUGAGUAGAAAAUAUGCAAGUUGUUCCAUCUUAAAGUCUAGCUAGGGUUCUACUGUCAUGUUGUCUUGUAAUGGAUGUCUCUACCUCCUCCUCCAAACUCUGUCCCACCAUUAGUGUAUUUUGCCAUACAUACAGAGGAACCAGAGCCCUAAGGUCCUUCUAUAUAACAUCUUUUUGUCUUAGUUGUGCAAGAGCAUUUAUUCUUGGCAAUAUUAGCAAGGUAGGAAUAAUUCAGGAAUCUGAGACUAAUAAGACAAAAUAUCUUCAGAGAUCAAAUCAAAUUACAAUGGGAAAGAAAAAGUGGCCUAUCAUGGUACACUUUGAUUUUCUUAUUUUAAUUUUAGUGACUACGUCAUGAAGUACAGAUUCUCUAAAAACCAACAUGGCAUGUCUUAGUCUUGGAUUGGAAGGAAUCUGAUUCUGGUUCCAUUUUGGCAACAAGUUGGGCAGCAUAUAGGUAAAGAGAGACAGAUGUUUGAAAUCUUUAGUCCUGAGAUGUUUUUAAUGACCCUCCCCCCAACUCAUUGUUUACUGUCUUUUGUACUAUGGACUUUAAAAUAAUUCCCCUCAUAGAGAUAGGUUUACUGCUUCUGCAGCCACUUCACUGUUUUUGGUAAUUCAUUGCUAUUUAGAAAUUGAAAUUUUGUAUUGUCUUGUUUUAAUUUGUAAAGCUCAUUUUUCAUGUCUGAAACUUUUCCUGUUAAUGCUCAAUUCUAGCUGUACUGUACUUGGAAUCAAACUGAUUAAUGUAAUCAUGCCCAAAACAACUUAGUCUGGGAAAGGUAGACUUUACUCCAGUUCUAACAGUGCCCAUACACAUGUUCUUUAAGUGUUUAAAGUUGAAUAAAUGAAGAAUGUCAAGAAUGUUGUUGGACUGUCAGAGUCUCAGAAGGAUACACUGGAGACAUAUAACAGCUGUUGGUGUACCCCAAAGGGCACUGAAUAUGCAAGUUUUUCCAUUUGUGGGGUGAUGUCAGCCUUUAGGGUCAUCAGAACAAGAUCACUACUGUUUGGUGAGUCUCUUUCUUGACUAGGAGUACUUCGCCAGUUUCUUUUGACUAUCACACUAAUUUUGGGGUGAGAGUAUGGUUAAAGUGGUAGAAUAUUAGAAAACAUCUUUCAUUCCCCCCUAGGCUAGUUAAAUUGUGCAUGUCCAUUUUGAAGGACCGGGGAUUGAACCUAGGUCCUUAUAUAUACUAAGGAAGUGCUCUUCCACUAAGCAAUGUGCCCAGCAUCUUUUUAUUUGGACACAGAGUCUCACUAACUGGUCCAUGCUGACUCAAGACUCACUCUGUAGUACAGGCAAGCCUUUAAAUUGUGAUCCUCCUGCCUCACUCUCCCAAAUAGCUGGGAUUACAGGCUUGUGUCACUAGGACCAGCUUCUGAUUCAUACCCUCUGAGCACAGCCUUUAGAGGCAGGCUAUUAUUUCAGCAGGCCACUCCUCCAUUUUUUUCUUUUCCCUCCCCAACUUCUUCAUCCUCUACCAAAUUAAUCUGGAAUUAAGAGAUGCCUCCCAUUCUAGGGUUAUCCAAUAUACAAUCCCAGGUUGCAGUCCAUUGUUUCCAGGAAGUCGAGGCAGGAAUACAAAGCAGCUAGUGACAUCCAGUCAAGGGUAGAGAAAGAUGUGUGUGCCUAUUUGCUCAGCUUGCUUUUUUCUACUUUAAUUUAGUUCAGGGCCCAGCCCAUGAAAUGGUGCCAUUCACUUUCAGGAUGGGUCUUCCCACCUCAAUUAACCAAUUAAGAAAAAUCCCUCACAGGUAUGCCACAGGCCAAGUUCCUCAUUGAGACUUUUCCCUGGUUAUUCUUGGUUGAGGCAAGUUGACAGUUAAAAUUAACCACCAGGCCGGGCGUGGUGGUGCACGCUUUUCAUCCCAGCACUCGGGAGGCAGAGGCAGGCAGAUCUUUGUGAGUUCGAGGCCAGCAGGGGCUACAGGGAGACCCUGUCUCAAAAAAAAAAAAAAAUUAACCACCACAUCCAAAUAUCCUGGACUUUUUAGUUGUUGUUGUUUUUGUUUUUUCUUUCUCUCUCUCUCUCUCAACUGGAAGUCUUACAUGCUUGGAAUCUUGAGUCUUUACGAGAGUUAAGGAAGAAAUGACUACACUGACUGCUAAAGUCAGCCCCGUCUGACUGUCAGAAGAGAGAAUGCUGGGAUUUUAAAGAGUUCUUGAGCCCUACAGUGUGAACUGGAGAUCUUUAAUAUUAAAUGACCUGCCCUUUGAAUUUUA